GGCGCCGUGUGGGACCGGGGCACAUGGAUGUGUUCCAGGUUGCAGUUGCAGCUUGAUAGCGGGAUGACGCGGGAACGAUAAGAUCCGGGCGUGGACCUGUGCGGCCUCUCUUUCGGGACUGUGACACCAGGUGACUUGAGAAUUCGAGAUCAGCCGAGCACUCCAUCCAAGCUUCCGCUUCUUUUUGUGAUUUCAGGAAGCCGAUUCUGCCUCGUUCUGGGAAGGCGGAAGAAGAUAGUUUUCGCCACGGCACGCCACGCGAUCCCUGAAAUGCAAGGCUGCCACUGCCACUGCCAGCUCAAGUAUUAAAAGGCCGCCUUGCCGCUGCCUGGAGGGGCCUCUUUCCCCGAACACCGCAAAGUGCACGGCGCAGGAUCCCAGAGUUGCGAAAGAAACUGUUGUGCCUUUGCUCUCCGGUCUUCGGGUGACAAAGUGACGAGGCCACCAUGAACUGCAGCAUUUGCCACCGGCCGCACCACGCGAAGAAGCUGCCGUUCCUUUGUGCCGUCGACGCGAGGAACUGCCUGUAUGAGAGCCGGGUCGAGUAUGCCCAAGCGCUGAUAGAGACUGAGGAUGCCGAGCACCGGGUCGAAGCCGCCUUGGCGAGCCAGGAAGGAGUAGGAGUGACGCAGGAUGCAAAGUUCAAGACGGGUGCCCACGUCGACUGGCUGAGAGCGGAGGAGGCGGCUGCCGCCGACCGGACGAGCCAGAUUAUCGCGCAAGCCGACAGGCUGAAGGACGAGAUCGAUGCUGCGCGCAGGGAGAUUGCCGCCAAAAAGAAAGCUAUUGCCCAGAAGAAGUCGGAUCUUGCGUCGGCCUCGGCUGGCACCUGGGCGAGGUGGAACAGGCAGUUGGACGAGGUGCAGCGCUCCACUCAAAGACUGAAGUACAAGUGGAAUCGUAGCGCCGACAGCAUGGCCGAGACAAGGGCGUUUCUGUGCGAGAGCUCUGCCAGGUUGUACGGUCUCCGUCAGAUCAAGAAGGGCAGCGUCAAGCGGUAUGAGAUCGGCGGGGUUGAGAUUUUUGACCUUCACGCCAUGAAUAGUUUGUCGCCCGAGGUGAUAUCCACGUCCUUCGCGCACAUUGCCCAUAUCUUGGUGCUGGCCGCUCAUUAUCUGUCCAUUCGGCUGCCUGCCGAGAUCACGAUUCCCCGUGCCGACUAUCCGCGACCGACCAUCUUCUCGCUUGCGUCAUCCUACAAGCAUGGAGAAGUGCCUUUCCCGGGGUCAGUGGCAUCGCAGAUUCCGCCUGUGUCGGAUGAUGGGGAGCAGAGACAUGUGCCGUGGCCUCGUCCGUUAUUUAUCGACAAGCCGCUUCCCACGCUGGCCAAGGAAGAUCCGUCUGCAUACUCGUUCUUCUUGGAAGGGGCGUCUCUGCUGGCGUAUGAUAUCGCCUGGGCGUGCUGCUCGCAGGGUGUCUCGUUCGGCGACAAGGACUCGUACGAGGACAUGUGCAACAUCGGCCAAAACCUUUGGCGGCUCCUCAUCGGUGAUCAAUUGCACCGCCGCUCGGUUGAGCCGACCUUCCCCUCUUCGCUAACGCCGUCGACCGGGAGUCCGAGAGAUGAGGACAAUGGCGAGAUCACGAAGCCUAAGGUCAUGCUCGGUCGCUGGUCGCACGGGACGCUGCAUAGCUUUCUCGGGGGAGCCGAAGGUACCGAAUUCGUCCGUAACUUCAAGAUCCUGCCGCCGCUGAAGCUGGCGGACCGACUAAAGAAGCGGCUGUCGAGCGAGGCCCCGAUGCUGGACUGGGAAAAGAUCGAGGGCGACGAAGUCGAGGACGGUUUGGACGACGGCGUGUUGGUGCGAGGUCAUGGCAGUGGCGGAUCCGCUGGGCGCGGUGACCUCGGUGCUGCGAGCGUAAUGACGGUGCGGGCUGUCGCGGUGAACGGCGGCGUUUCCGACAGCGCCAACACAGCCAAGGGAACAAGUGGUUGGACGAGAUUGAAGAACCGGUAGAUGAACGUAGACAGACACAGUUGCGGCAACGCAAAGACUUCAGCCUCUUUCUGGCCCACCCUCCGCUACCCUGCCCAGAAAGAGUUAAUGCUUCCGUCGUGUGCGUUGCCGGUCCCCAUGCUGCCCCUGUUCUGGCGGUGGCGGGACCCGGACGAGGCCUCCCUUCCUCGGAGAAAAACAAAGGCUCCUACUCUUCUUCGGACACCUCUUCUUCCU